GUAGUUUUAGUAUAUAUUUACAUACUUGUACUUUAAGGUUUUCGUAUUGAAGUUAUCCUUUAACACAUAUUUACGUGGAUGUUACAUGCGUGGUGCGUGAUAUGACAAGACGCAAAUCAUAGGCUAUUCCAAUAUUGGUUAUGAAGUAUCGGUCUUAAUCUCUAGGAUCGUAGCGAUAAUAACAAUACAGUCCGAAAAAUCUGAGCAACAUGGCGAAUCCAGUGGAGCCAAAUCAAGUUGAUAUGGGCUCCACCCGUGCUGCAGAAGAUUCUAUACUCGUACCCGAUUCUAACUCUGGCUCCUACUUUAAAACCACUGGUACAACAGAGCAUGAUACGGGAGAAAAAAGUAGAAAUAAAUCGCAUGAUGGAAGGCAAGAUGAAGGUAGUGUGGAUAGUGUACCAUACAAUAACGAUAGUGACACAGUUAGAGAUGUGGGUAGUAAAAUGAAAGUGCAAACUAGUAGUGACAGCCAAUUACAACAUAUUAAGGAUAGCGAUGUAGCUACUGCUGAUGCCACCGGAGAACUAAACCAAGCAGCUCAGACCGAUACACACAAAAAUACGAAGGCUAGACAAGAAGGGGCACGCCAAGCGCCAAAGAACUCGGAUAAGUUCAUCCCCUUUUUCAGAGAGUAUACUCUGAUUAAUGAAUAUAAAUUACUGCGUGACAAUUCCCCACCGGGCAUGUACGUUAUUCCUUCCACAGAAACUACACAAAUUUGGCAUGGCGUGCUGUUCGUGCGAGAAGGCAGCUAUGAAGGUGGAAUAUUCAAAUUUGACGUAUACAUCCCCGACAAUUUUCCCACUGAAGAAGUCCCAACGAUCCAGUUCACGAGUGAUGUCUUUCAUCCGGCAGUGGAUGCAAAGACUGGACUGGUUUCCCUAGACAGGAAGUGGGACAAGUGGGAACCCCAUCGAACGCACUUGUAUAGCCUGCUCGCAGACCUUCAUGGCAUGUUCAUCAACCUGGACGUGGAGAGAUACACACAGGCGAAUCCGGAUGCAUAUAAUAUAUUAAUGAACGAUCAACAACUAUUCAAGAUCAAGGUGAGGCAACGAGUGGAGCAUUCGAAAGCACAUGUAUACACAACGAGAGACGGCAAGGGGUCUAUUCAUUUCGAAGAAUACCGGAAUGAUGUCCAUGGACCUGUUCUAAGGAACAUACUUCAAAAUAAGUGGCGAUCGUCGGUUCAACACUCAACUCUGGGCAACAGUAACGUACGCAGGCCACCCACGUGAUGUCGCUUUGAAUAAAGAAGUGAGGGAACUAUGUUCUCUUGAGCUGUAUUCGUCUGUAUUCAUCUCCGGAUUCCUCUGGGUCUCCUAUCGGCCUACGGGGUCGGAUGUCCGAUCGUAUUCUGCCUGUUUUCAUUACCUGCUUAGUCCUAGUAGUUGGUCCAGCGGAGCCGUGAGAGUAAUCCAAACUCCGACUGUCGCUUCACUAUCAUCUUUCACGAGGAGAGAUAGUGCGAGUAGUCGUACUAGUAAAAAAUAAGAACGUGACUCUACCUGGUCAAAUUCUCGC